UUUUACGCGACUCUCUUUAAGCAGCACGCACGUCGAAUAUUUCCCAGUUGUUUUGAACGAGGCAAUUGUUUUGACCGGAGAGGAGGACAUGGCAGACCUUGGUGUGAAAGCAGGAGAUAAGGUGCUUUUGGUGUGGAGCCAGCCUUCGUCCCCAACAACCCUGAAGGAGCUGGCAGAGAGUCUAGGGGCCAUGGUUGGCACCGAUGGCCGAGUGUCCCUGGAGAAUAUGGAAAGACUUAUGAUGUCUUCACAUGCAGCAUCAAGCUACGACUGGGUCCUCUCAAGUGUACUCUCUGACAGCUUUUCUGUCCACACCUCAGAGACACUAGCAGAGAUGGCCAGAGUGAUCAAACCUGACGGAAAACUAGUGCUUGAAGAACCUGUUACAGGAACUGAUGACCAAAAAGUGAGGACUGCUGAGAAGCUUAUGUCAGCCUUGAAGUUGUCUGGCCUGGUGUCAGUGACUGAGGUCAGUAAAGAACCCCUGACCCCAGAGGCUGUGUCUGCCCUGAAGACAUACACAGGCUUCCAGGGAAACACUCUAUCCAGGGUGCGCAUGGCUGCUUCGAAACCCAACUUUGAAGUGGGCUCUUCAAGCCAGCUGAUUCUUUCCUUUGGGAAAAAGACCUCAAAACCAGUAGACAAACCUGUACUUGACCCCAAUGCUGCCAGGGCGUGGACCCUGUCAGCCAAUGACAUGGAUGAUGAUGAUGUGGACCUGGUAGAUUCAGAUGCGCUGUUGGAUGCAGAUGACUUUAAGAAGCCAGACGCAUCCUCCCUCAAAGCGCCCUCCUGUGGUGACGGAACCACCAAGAAAAAGAAGGCUUGCAAGAACUGCUCAUGUGGUCUUGCUGAGGAGUUGGAACAGGAGAGCAAGGGUGCCAAGACAAUCAGCCAGCCCAAGUCAGCCUGUGGAAGUUGUUACCUGGGCGAUGCCUUCCGAUGUGCCAGCUGUCCGUACAUUGGGAUGCCUGCCUUCAAACCUGGGGAGAAGAUUGUACUAGCCAACACAGGGCUAAAUGAUGCCUAGGAACAACCACAAUAUAUACUUUCUGGAAUAUCACAUUCCUUACAUCAUUCUAACCUCACACCCCCUGGAGUCAAUGACCAAUGCCAGGUUCUCACUGAGAUGGUCAGAAUGGCUCUUCUACAUCUCAUGUAUAAGAGCAAAAAGCAGGUAGUUUGAAGUAGCGAAACAAUCCAGAUUACAGGCUUAUUUGACCAUGUAAAAACUGUUCCUGGACAUACAAUGAAGAUUUCACAGGGCACUCACCAUAUUAACAUACAGGUGUCCAUAAAUGUGUUUGUAUUACUAUCUGUAUUGUUUUCUACAAUAAGUCAUUAAAUGGGAAAUCCUGAAAAUAGACUAAGUCA